AAAUCGCUUACAUGCAGCACAUCAGACCUUCAGUCAGAAGAGGAAGAGGAGGAAAUACGACCAAAAAGGAAGCCAAAGGCAAUGCUGGUGACCUGUACAGGGUGUACCCUGUGACAGGUCACCCUAUGACAGCUGGGAUAGGCUCCAGCCCCCCCCAUGACCCUGAACAGGAUAAGCAGAAGAGAAUGGAUGGUAUUCAAAUCACAGAAUUCGAAAGCAAUUAGAGUAGUGUACAGCUUGAGUAAAGUAAAAAAAUACAUGUUUUAAUAAUGACAAAUGAAGUAUUAAGUAUUUUUAUUUUUCUAUUCUGCUUGACAGUCAUUUCUUUGGGGACUCUGACAGUGACACAGAAGAAGUUUACCUGAAAAGGAAAGCCAGAGCUGCAGUAAGACGCCCACUACAACCACCUGCUCCAGUUAUCCAACCACCACCUUUCACUGGAGCUAGCAUCCACACAAUUGCUUCUUCUGCAAAAACUCCAUCACCACCACUGCUUGCCCAGAUGGAAACUAGACCAAGAGAUGAGCCAACUCCUUCUUCAAGCCAUGUCUACAGGCCUACUUGGAAAGGGGGACGGUAUGGCUCAGACACAAUUACCUGCUCUGCUGCAGAAGUUCAAAUAUUGAGCUUACUGGAGUACAUUAAACACCAACAAGACCAAUUAACCACCAAAGUAAACUAUCUGACCAACAAGCUGAACUCAACUGUCCAAGAAAGAGAAAUACCUGACCAUGUACAGUUUCCACUACAAUCAAUGGAGGAAGUGGAGAAUUUUGAGAAAUGGCUCAAAGAUCCUGCUAACUCUCACCUGAAGCAGAGUGUGAUUUCUUCACUGGCAGCCAUCGGGGGGCAUGAUGCAAGAAGUAUCACAUGGAACAUUCUUUCCCGCAUGUUCCACAGUGACAUUGGACAGAAGAUAAAUUGGACAGGGGCCAAUGGAAAGGGAGGUUUCUCCCAGAUGGCAUCAAAAACAGUACUCUUGGAUGCAGUAAGAAAGACCCACGUGUCCCGUGCUGCCACAGAAGAGGAGAUUCGGAUUCGGAAACAUGCCAUACGAUGGUUCAAUCUGGCAGCAGACAGAGGAAGAAGGCGGCGUCCUCCUGUUACCAUCCCGAAUCAAUGCUGAGGACUUCAGUUUGUUAUUGUUACUGUUAUUGUUCCAGAAAUGGUUAUCUUUCAGUUAUUUGUCUGUUAAUGUUUUAAUGAAGUACAGUAAUGAAUCAAUGCAUCACCUGCUUAAUUAAUUUGUGAUAGUAUUUCCUUUCUUUGCCAUUUUACUUUUUCCUUUACUGCAUUUUGUUAAAGAAUAAAGAAGUGUUAAAGGAUUUAUAGUAAAUAAACAGUAUUCUUGAUACAUUUAUGAUCCCAUUAUUUUUGUAAUACUCAUAUGCUCAUCUUGUUAUUCAAAUGGAAA